AUGUACACCAAGAACGCAAUGAAGGCCCGUAGGAAGACCGCCCGUGAGAAGAGCGCCUGGGGCGAGGGCGGCAGGCGCGAGGAGGUGGCGCCGCUGUUCGACGACAGGGCGUGCCUGUUGCGGCUGCAAGCGGCGGGCGGGGUGCAUUCAAUGCCUACCGCGUGUCCUGCGUGCGACAGGAAGGGUUCGAUGGUGGGCCCCAUGCCCCGCCCCGGCAAGAACUCUGGCAUGCUCUACUACAGGUGCCACGGUGCAUGCGAGAGGUGCGGCGCGUGGCACAACGUGCUGAAGUUCUCCAAGCUGCCCCUGACGAAGAUGACCGUGGGCCAGACGCAUUUCGUCCUCCACGGCUUCUGCGACCUGACUAAGCAGACGGGCAAGCUCGUCGCGGCGGUCCGCGCUGCCAUAGCGGCUGCGUCGGUGAAGGAGUCUUCGCGCAUCCGCCUCGGCGGCGAUCUCGAGGCCGACGAGCGCGGCUUGCGACUCGCGCACAUCAGCCCGAACAAUAGGAACUUCGCCCAGCCGGUCGUCAAGAAGAAGCCGCCAUAUUGGCUGCUAUACCUCCGCGUGAUCGGCAUGAGGCGCCGCGCUGGCGGGAAGAUGAUCGUGAAGUUUCUGGGGGACAAGCUGGUGCGCCCGAAGGGGGGGCCGCCGCCGCUCUCGGAGAAGGAGCUCAUCGACUGCAGGAUCCUCGAGCGCGCUGCGAAGGGCAGCGUCAUCUUCACAGACGGCGCGAAGGCGUACGGAACGAUCAUCAAGAAACACUUCAAGGGGGAGCUCUACAGCCGCCAGGUCGCUCAUAACAGGAUGCAGUUCGUGAGGCGGGUCACGACGCCGUCUGGGCACUCGAAGAUGGCGGGUACCCAGUCGAUCGACGGCACGUGGAAGCAUCUGCAGAAGCACAUCCCGCAGAGCCUCCACACGAAGAAGGGCCGCAAGAAGAAUCCGAUGAUUGAGACCUACGUCAACGAGUGGCUGUGGCGACACAACCACCGCGAGGGCAACGGCUUCAAGAUGGUGGGGGCUCUCUUCAAGGAC